GCGCAGAAGGCGUAGCAGGCGCAUGCUCCGUGGCGGUUCCGGAGCGCGGACUGGCGCCGGCGCUGGCUUUUACGGCCCGCAAAGUCCCGGCCCCGGUGCGGGCAUGGCGGCCAGCCUGUGGAUGGGGGAUCUGGAGCCCUACAUGGAUGAGAACUUCAUCUCCAGAGCCUUUGCCACCAUGGGGGAGACUGUCGUGAGCGUCAAAAUUAUCCGAAACCGCCUCACUGGGAUUCCAGCUGGCUACUGCUUUGUAGAAUUUGCAGAUUUGGCUACAGCUGAGAAGUGUUUGCAUAAAAUUAAUGGGAAACCCCUUCCAGGAGCCACACCUGCAAAACGUUUUAAACUGAACUAUGCCACUUAUGGGAAACAACCAGAUAAUAGCCCUGAAUACUCCCUCUUUGUGGGGGACCUGACCCCAGAUGUGGAUGAUGGCAUGCUGUAUGAAUUCUUCGUCAAAGUCUACCCCUCCUGUCGGGGAGGCAAGGUGGUUUUGGACCAGACAGGCGUGUCUAAGGGCUAUGGCUUUGUGAAAUUCACAGAUGAACUGGAACAGAAGCGAGCCCUGACAGAGUGCCAAGGAGCAGUGGGUCUGGGAUCUAAACCAGUGCGGCUGAGCGUGGCAAUCCCCAAAGCGAGCCGUGUGAAACCAGUGGAAUAUAGCCAAAUGUACAGUUACAGCUACAACCAGUAUUACCAGCAGUACCAGAACUACUAUGCUCAGUGGGGCUAUGACCAGAACACGGGCAGCUACAGCUACAGUUACCCCCAAUAUGGCUACACACAGAGCACCAUGCAGACAUAUGAAGAAGUUGGAGAUGAUGCAUUGGAAGACCCCAUGCCGCAGCUGGAUGUGACUGAGGCCAACAAGGAGUUCAUGGAACAGAGCGAGGAGCUGUACGAUGCACUAAUGGACUGUCACUGGCAGCCCCUGGAUACCGUGUCUUCAGAGAUCCCUGCCAUGAUGUAGCCAGGACAAACCAGAAAUGGACUAUGUAAAGGAGAUGAGACUUCUUUUUUAAAAAAGAAAACUAAGAACUUUUACCUUUUUGGAAAUAUUUUUUAAAUUUUAAUAAUAAACUGUUUCCUGAGAAUGAAUAUUCCUGCAAUGCUGCUGACUUCCCAUCUAAUUUGUUUGAAAGCCAAGGGAGCAACUGUUGAAGAUUGUCCUUUUGCAUCCUGAGUGUCCUUUAACUCGUUUCUUUGAACAAGAAUCAUUUACACAGUAGGGUUGUCCAUGCCCUCGGCCAUAAGGAGUCUGGAAUUAACGGAGAGUGGAUCAGAUGAUUUAAAUGUUUUGCUAAACAAUGGUUUACAGAGGCCCAUCUCACCCUCAGGGUGAGACACUUAAUCAUUAAUGUAUUAUGGGGUUAAAUUGUGGAGUCCCAGGGUUAACCAAAAGGUGAUGGUGGUUUGAACCCACCCAGAGGUGCUGCAGAAGGCUUGGUGACCUUCCAAAAGGUUAUUGUACAGGCGUAGAACUGCCCCAUAGUGUUUCCAAGACUGUACUCUUUAGGGGAGCAGAUUCCCCACGGAGCUGCUGGUGACUUUCAACAGCUUUCAUUUAGCUGCCCACCACCACCAGGGAUCCUUCCCGGGUUACAGCCUUGAAAACCCUGUGGAGGGUCCACUCUGCACACAUGUGGGUUGUCGUGAAUGAAUAGCAACUGUUUUGGUUUUUCUUUUAAGGGGGAGGUGGGGUAGGGAAGGCAAGGAUUUAGAAUGAAUAGGGCUUGGCACAGUGCCAGGCUGGGCACUUACUGCUGUUACCACCACUCAUUUCCAGCAAACUUGUUCCAAUAACGAAUUGUCAUCCUGAGCUGUCAAGACAUUUCAGCCAAGAACUAGAUUUUCAGAGUACCAUGCAUGAGGCCAACCAAGUGCUUCAUCCCUAACCCCACUCUGUGACAGUGCUUGGCCUUCAUUAAAUUGUAGAUCUUACAUGCAGAGAAGAUUACUAAGGUCCAUUUAUCACAGCCCACUUCUGUGAUUUCCUAAAAACCACUCCCCAAUUUUAUCUCCAGUAUGCAGGACACCUCCUAAAUGGUCUGUCUAGGCUAAAAAUCUCCAUCUGAUCUCUAGAGAAAUUUGCAGUGGGGAGGUGCUGCAACUGAUGGUGAGAUAUGGCGAUUAACUAUCUAGGCCACCUUAGAUAGUGUAGAGUUGAUUCAUAGUGGCCCUUUGUGAGAGUAAAAUGCCCCAUAUGGUUUUCUUGGCUGUAAUCCUGAUGGAAUCAGGCAGCCGGGUCUUUGUCCAGUAGAGCUGCUAGGUGGUUAGAAAUGCCAACAUUUUCGUUAGCAGCCAAUUGCUUAAUCACCGUGCCACUAAGAGCUCCUCUAGAUCAUGAAAACCCUUAAAAUCUUGAGUAUUAAGAAAGGAGACUCUGGUAUAAAUGUAGUUAUUGGAGGUGAUCAAAUUGUCACAUCUGAGAUGGCAGUCUGUUUCAUGGAUUGAGAUUAUUCAGUUAUGGUCUAUGGAAUAUUUAGAUUGGGAAUAACCAACUUGAGAAACCAAGAAAGAUGAUUAACACAUUUCCAUACAGUUUUUUAUUUGUCACCUCUGCCAGGUAUCCAGGAUAGAGCACUAAAUAAAAACCAAAAGACUGUCUGCUUGCAGAGCUAUUUCCAUAUAAACUUGGUGUCUGUUCUUCCCAUAGCACUUCAAUCCUGAAAAGGAAGUGUAAGCCAGUGUGUUAGUACUGGUCUGAUUAAAGCUCACUCGGGCAGUUUUCUAAGAGCUGGUCUCAGUCCCAUAUCCGCAUUUAUCAUCCACAGAUGUCCACUCAGAUUAGGUUUCAUCCUGGACCAGUCGGCCUUAAAAAAAAAAACAGCUAAACUGAAACUACUUGUUUCUAUCCAUCCACCUGCCACCCUUGGAGGGGUGGGGAGGAGAAUGCCAUGGUUUGCAGUCACCCCAAACAAUCCAGCAUGAGCCAGAGCGACUAUAAAACAUUCACAGCAAUCACACAUCCCUCCUCUUUCCUCAAGGUCCAGAGCUCUCCCCUCUGUAGACUUAAGGCUGUGUGGCUUUAAGACAUGCAAAUCCAACAGACUAAGCCACAAUGAAAAUAGUUAGUUGGCCUCUGUGAGUAGCUAACCAAAUACAUAAGGUCAGAUGUAGUUCUGUUCCAGUGACUCCAAACUAAGUCAGUUCUGAUGUUUAAGUCAAACGCUUUAUCUUAUUAUUGCCAUAGUAUGCUAUAGGUCCCCGUUUUGAACGGUAAAUGUUAACACUGAACAUCUGAGAAUAAUAUCAGCAAAUUAAUUACACACUGCAACACUGUAUGUAAUACAUAUCACUAAUGGAAAAUGUACAAAAAAAGGGUUUUAAGUGCAGUUUACCAUAACUAGAAGGCAUCAUAAACUGGGGACUACCUGUAAUCUAUGAAAAAGGGAGACUUGUAGCCUUGUCAUUCCAUCUGCUGUACUGCCUGAGGACAGGGUUCACAUGAGGAGGCACUACCUGAAAGCUCCAAGGAAGUUGUGAUAACAAGUUCAACUUACCCAACUCUGUAGAUCUUUAAUUACAGAUGGACACAACUUUACCAGUAAUGAAGAUCUAAAAAAAAAAAAAAAAAAAUUUUAAUCAAGAAACAAGAAAACUUAUACACUAGAUCCCUCCCCCAAAUACAGUUAAUAGUCCAGCCGCUGCUACACCAGCUGCUCAGAGUGUCACUCACUUACUCAUCCCUUUAAGCUAUGAUUAUCCCAAGGGAUAAGGAAACAAAUUCAGUGAACUGAAUCUUGUUUGAAACUAGCCCACGUGCUACAUGCACUCAGGCCAGUUUCAAUGUUACUUUUCCUCCUUUUACGACCACCCAGACCAGUGUUCAGAUCCGAUGGGAAAGGGAACUGGAGGGUCGAGCCAUUCUGCGUUCUGACCAUCUAACUCUACCUUAUUCUAAAGCACAACUCCAGCAACAAGUUGGUAUCUUCAGACUUGUUAACACAGCCAGGAAACACAGGGACAUUCUGUAGAAAAAAAUUAUGAAAGCUCUAAACCAAAGUCAACCUAGUAUACGCCCAUCUACGUCGAAGUUGAUGGUUUAACACCUGGACUCAGGUGGAAGGUUCUGGUCCAGAUCCUGAGACUGUUUAUAGGAAAGGCGAGUGGCAGCUGCAGGUAUUAUGCUGACCUAAACUGUCAAAGUCUCUCCAGGUUGCUCUUGCAUGCAGUUGGAGAUCCAGUGGCUACAACCAGCCACAGACCUUGGGAACAUGCUGUUCCAACCCAUCAGGUGAUUCCCAAACUCGUAUCCACAAGAAACCUACCAGGUCAUGUGGCUCCUGGUUCCAUAAACAGUGCUCAUACACCAGUAAGAUCAUCAAUUUCAGUCAUCCUGGAAUCUUCAUUUGGCAUGGCUAGGAUGAGAACAAUUAUCCAGAAUGACCUUUGUGUUCCCUUUAUUUGGUCCUCAGUAACACAAAGGUUGGAGCCAAGUGAUAGUACUUUUAAGUACCCAUGAUUAUACAUUUCAGCUAUCAACCCACAAAUUUUCCAUAACUUGACCUUUACUACUUCUGUGUGCUUCAUCUUUUUAGUCCAGAUGCCUUCAGCUUCAGGCCAGUAACCCAAAGCACUGCUGAGAUCCCAUAUGCCACUGAAUCUCCCCCAACACAGAUGUUCGGCCUGCUGCCCCUUGACAUUGGCUCUUAGUCUUGGCAAGGUACCGCUUACAAAGUCCACUCAGCUAGCUUUAUAUGCAAGCCCCCAUCAACAUUUCUGCUGGCUUCGGAAACACGCCAAUUUUAAUAAAGAUCCCUGACCAUAUUUGAGAAACAGGCACAAUGGCAGAACUGUCUUUUCCUGAAAUGUUGCAGAUCGGUUACUACAAACUGAACGGCGACCGUCAAGGAAAACUGUCACUCUGGGCUCCUUUUUGACCACAGCAGCUAUGUGGAAGCAGCUGCAGCUUCGAUAAGGGCCACGGGGGCAUCUAGGUCACAGGACAGGCCCACACCCAAACUGCUGUUCCGCCAUCUUACAUCCACCUCAGUUGUGUACUGCCUACUGAAACUGAUCUAGAACGUUCCGGCUAAAAAGAAAAAAAAAAAAAAAAACCAAUAGCCUUGUAGCCCUAA